AUGCAAGGCGCAUACGGAGGCCGCGGUCGUGGGAUGGCACGUGGUCGUGGGGGAGGCGGUGGCUUUGAUUCCUCAAGAGGCGCAGGCCGACACCCUUAUAUGACAAGUAAUGUUCCAACGGACACUUUAUGUGUACGCAUUACGGAGGUCCGCCAACCCGUCACAGAGGAUAUGAUGUUUCGCGUGUUUGCCAGCAUUUCAACUAACCCGCGCCGGAUACAAAUUGCUCCCUCUUCCGAUCCCAAUGAAACAGUUGUCAUGGCGCAAUUCUCUGAUACAUACGCAACGCAGCGGGUGAUGGAGAACUUAAACAACCGUAACAUAUUCAAUGAUGGUAACAAGAUGAUGAUGACUUAUUCGGCGUGGGAGCCAACGCCUGUGCUGCCGGCGCCGGUACCGCCAGUUCCCGUCUACGGUGGUGCAGCACCAGUUUACGGUGGUGUUCAGGUGAACCCAGGCGUGGCUUUUCCACAACCUCAGGUACAUCAACCGCAACCCGGAGUGUAUGCCCAGCCUCGACAGCAACCGAUGCCACAAAUGCCCAUGGCAGCUUCGGUACCUCCGAUGAGACUCGGAAACGAUCAACAGGGCGGACGAAACAACCGCGGGCGUGGGCGGAAUGGAUCUCGAGGUGGUGCAGCGGGUGCGGUGCCCCCUGGCAUGAUGGGUUUUGAUCCAAUGAUGAUGGGAUACCCGGCAAUGGCUUCCAUAAUGCAAAUGCCUGGUGGGAUGAUGGCUUUUAUGAACCAGCAGAGGCCGCCACAGAAUUCCCCAACCGUUUUUCUCAGCGUAACAAUAGUUCCAGAGUCCGAACCACUGCAUUCUAUCUUUGUUCUUAUUGAAGUGUACGGCGGGGUCGUAACCAUCCGCCGCAACCACAACAGGAAGGAAAUUCUUACGGUGAAGAUGGCUUCCGUGCCCGAGGCGGACAGCGUCGUACAAUUCUUGAGGAAGGUCCCCUUUGCUGGCGGUACUGUCAGUGCUAAACGGUUCCCCACUUACACUGAGCGUACACCAUGCACAGAUGAUGGCAACCCUCAUGACAGUGCAACAGUUCAGUACGAUUUCACAACGGCUCGCCAUCGCAGCCCCGGACAGCGCAGCAGAUGCCAUCCAUCAAGUGUGUUGAAGGUAACUGGAUGCGGCGGCUACUCGGAAGCGGACGUGAUGACGUAUUUUACAAGUGAGAAUUUCUACCCGGACCGCAUCAUCAAAGACGACGAGGGAUCCUUCACUGUAUACAUGGCUGAUGUCGAAACGGCCGUCGCACUACUACUGAAGUGCCACAACAAUGUUUGCGGGGAGGAACGCUCAAACGUUCUCUUCAUUGAGGGGCCGAGGGAUACAACAACCUCCGCCACAGCGGCCAACAAUGCUUCUGCUUCCGGCAGUGCAGUGGCAGAGAAUGUAAAUGAAGGUGCUGGGGAAAAUGGUUCAGCAUAA